UGCAGGUAUGUGCCCACCCAUUGUAGACAUGGGCAGUUUGCCGCCAUGUGAUCUACUACUGGGUUUAAAAGCUUAUGGCCAAAAGAGAAGGGCACAGUAUACAAUCCUCCAUUGAAGCUUGUCUGAAGUGAACAUUGCACUGUCAGGGUGCUGCUGUAUUCUAAACAUGUCUGACACAGAGGAUGCCACAUACGAGGAACAACAUGCUGCAGACGACAAUGACGGAGAAGACACGAAACCCAGAAUAAAGCCUGGUUUUGUGCCCGGUUUGGCGGCCCCAAAGAUCCCAGAUGGAGAAAAGGUGGACUUUGAUGACAUUCAUCGAAAACGUAUGGAAAAGGACUUGACUGAACUCCAGACUCUGAUCGAAGCUCACUUUGAGAAACGCAAGAAGGAGGAGGAGGAACUUCUAAACCUCACAGAUCGCAUUGAGAAACGCAGAUCUGAGAGAGCAGAGCAGAUGAAGAUCAGAGCAGAGAGAGAAAGAGAACGGCAGAAUAAACUCGCUGAAGAGAAAGCAAGGAAAGAAGAGGAAGAGGCAAAGAAAAAAGCAGAUGAUGAUGCAAGGAAGAAGAUGAUUCUGUCCAAUCUGAGUUUCACUGGAUACAAGCAGACACAGACCGGUACGAAAAAGCAAACUGAGAGAGAGAAAAAGAGAAAGGUCUUAAAUGAUCGACGCAAGGAGUUGAACAUUGAUCACCUUAAGGAGGACAAGCUCAGGGAAAAAGCUAAGGAAAUGUGGGAGCAAGUACGCCAACUAGAGGCAGAGAAAUUUGAGCUUCAGUAUAAGUACACAAAGCAGAAAUAUGAGGUGACUGUGCUGAGAAAUCGUGUCAGUGAUCACCAGAAAAUCUCAAAAGGGGGCAGGAGCAAACGUGGCCUGAGGAAGUAACAUCUGACAUCAUCUGGAGACAAACUGACAUCAUCUGACGUGCAAAAGACAGAAUUAACAGCUUUUAAAUACUUGAACAAGUAAAACCAAAAAACAAUUCUCUUGAAAUGAUCAUAAGAUGCUCUUAAAUAAGUGAAAUAUCUGUGAAAUGUAGUGCAUGCAGACUUUAUGCUGCGUUUGUGAUCGUAAACUGACUGGGAUUUGACUGGUAGUUUGACUAAACUUAAGAUGGCAAGUUUCUAAUUAACCCAUAAAGACCCAAACAGAUACUGGCAACCAAAAGCAUCUACUGAUGGGUCAAGUCACGCGCCUAUUGACUUUGAAUCAAAAAAUUAGAAUUGAGAUAAUGAUUUCAAACUUUUUGC